UGUAAAUCCAGAGGGAUUAGUGGGAGCGCAAUGGGCUGUGAAGCCUUCAGCGGCUCUCCAAGGGGUCUGGCUCACUGCGUAAAGUUAGGAAACAGGGUCCGGACACACUGCGCACUGAUCCCGCAGUCUCUGUGCGCGUCACCUCUGCGGGACACUUGACCACGAUUUCUGAUAUUUUGACUAGCACUACCUACGCGGGUCACUGACACAUGAAAGUAGAGGAGUUUAGUGGGUGCUAAGUGUUACUUCAGCAGAUCAUCUGUCCCGCAGCGCAAAGAGGGACAUGGGUCAAAUUAAUGGUGCGACUCUUCUACCGUUUGGGGCUAUCUGUGCUGUUUUCCUGUGGGAAUCUGGGGCCAGCUCUAUCAGGACGACGAUUUCAGUGGAUACGUCAAGGAUGGAAUGUCCUGAUAAUAAAAUCUUGACUGUGGAGUAUCCCUGUGUCAGAGCUGAAGGGACGAACAGCACGUGUUUCAGGAGGAAGUGCUGUGAUGGAUUCAGGUUUGUGAUGGGCCAGUGCAUACCUGAAAGUGUGGAUGUGUGCGCUGCUUCACCCUGUGAGCAGCAGUGCACAGAUAACUUUGGUCGAGUCGUCUGCACAUGUUACCCAGGUUAUCGCUUUGAUAGGGAGAGACACCGCACCCACAAGUCUCCCUACUGCAUGGACAUCAAUGAGUGUGAGGUCUCUGGUAAAACUCUAUGUGACCAUGAAUGUGUGAACACAGUUGGGAGCUUUCUGUGCCGCUGCCGUACCAGUUACAUCCUGGCACCAGACCAGCGGUCCUGUAUCCUAGUGCACAACUUGAGUUCUUCGGGAAAGUCCGACACCUUGAUGAGUGCUGGUUCCUGCUCGUUCACGUGUCAAGAUUUUAUGAACAUGAAAAGCAGCCUGUUUCAACUCAAGCUGCGGCUGGGAAACACACAGUCGCACAACCAGGUAUCUGGUCUGGCAAACAGUAACAAGCCGAUUCGAGCAGGAAAAAGUACGGACAGCCCCUGUCUUCCUGGAUUACCUGGCCCUCCAGGUGCUCCUGGUCUCCCAGGGCAUCCAGGAGAACCAGGAAGCAAUGGGGAUCCAGGGGAAAGAGGUCCAUCUGGUCCAAGGGGUCCACGGGGAGACAUGGGGCCCAUGGGACCAGAACCUGACCUCAGGCACAUAAAGAGGGGACGCAGGGGACCAAUGGGACCGCCCGGGGCUCCAGGAAGAGACGGAUUAAAGGUUGUGAAAGGUGACAGAGGAGCUCCAGGACCCAGUGGACCCCCUGGACCACCUGGCUCCUUCGACUUCCUUUUGCUAGUGAUGGCUGACAUCCGCAAUGACAUCAUUGAGCUCCAGGAGAAGGUGUUUGGCGAGCGGAGGGGAAUCUCCCUAGACAGUCCUCCUCAUUCCAGCGGGGAGGAGGAUUUUGUUGAAUGGUCCUCUGGACAAGGAGAUCUCAAAACCUGAGUUUCUCACAGCCAGCUUAGAGAUCGUCGUUCAUGCAUUCGAGGCCAGAGAACCAAACACAGUGCCUACCUUUUAGUUUUGUUCAGAACCACCCCACCCCAUUAGCAACCUCCCAGGAAAUGAACAUGCCACUUUAUGGAGCAAUGAGUCUUGUUGGAACUCUGACAAUGCUUCAAACUGUGCCAAUUAGAGAUAGCAGACAUUUAAAAUCUCUCUCAAACUGCUGCCAACACAGUUUUGCUGCCUUUCAUUUCUGUGGGUGUGUAUGAACCCUGUGCGUGCAGGACAUCAUGUGAGAAAGAUACAAUAUGAGCCCGCCUGUCUGAGCCUCUGAGCUCUGCCUUUGAGCUGAACCACUUCAAACGAUGAGUUUUAUCGUCUGCAUCUCUUCCUCUUCCUGUGUCCGUCCAUGGAAGCUCUGCUUUGCCACUGAUGAAUUGCCUGUGGGGGCUUCGGUUACAAAAAAAGAAAAAGAUUACAACAUAGGAUCUGCAUGGUUUGCUUUUUCUGCACCUGCAGUGUCCAGUGCGGAGGUUUGACCUUUGCAGCCGUUCUCUGAGGCAAACUCAGGAAAUAUUUCAUGAGAUUCAUGAGCAUUUGUGUUGUUGUAAUUGUACAAACAUCAAUUGGGGCUUCAUUUUUCAUUAGAAAAAAAAACUCUAUGCAACAAGCAAAAACUGGUGGCAUCUGUUGCUUUAACAUUAUGAUGCAGAAAUUAAAUACAAAAGAUGGUUACUGACAUUUUUAUACGUAAAUUAUAUAACACAAUUGAUAUUUAAAAUAUACUUUUAUACUCAGUAUUUUAUAUUAAAUUGUAUUGUUUAUGUAAACAGGUUAGUGAGUGCACAUGUUGUCUCCCAGAUAUAAUCCAAACCCAGCAGAUGUAUCAUAGAAAACUUUGAAAAUAGUAUUUUUCUUUUAGUUUUCCAAGCAGCUGCAAGGUACCAUACUGAAUUCUUUUGAUUAUGGUUUUGUGAAAAGGAAAAAGUGUGAAACAAAACUCAAUCUGAACUUCAAACUUCAAAGCUGAAUUUAUAAAAAACAAUCAUAUUUUAUUGCUUGCUUUCAUGACUAAUCCUAAAAACGAGUUGGCUUUCUCUGGAGGUUCUUUUAAAAAUGUUUGAAAGUAGAUCACAAUGACUUGCAAAGGAAUGGAAACCCAUUCCUUUGCAAUGGCAUUGCGUGUCCAUUGGGACACGCAAUGCCAUUUUUUUUCUCUGAAUUUGCCCCAAAUUUCCAUUUGAGGAAAGUUUAUGUCGGCCUGGAUUGUUGUGGUCAGGCAACACAAACCGUUGUUAGUGUAAACACCUGUUCUUCUCAGAAUCUUUGAUAACUGUUUUAAAAUAUGCAUAAAAGGAAAAUCCAAAUGAAACUGAAGGGUUUUUAUAUUUUGAAGUUGAUUGGAUCAUCUAGGAAUUUUCACUGAUAAUGUACUGUAUGAAUUCUUGCUUUUUAUGGGUAAAAAUCUAACAUGAUCCUGGAACUUAUUAAAGUUAAAAAGAGAAGAAAACAUGCCUAUCUCUAUUGAUCGUUACUAGUCAAGAAAUGCCAAAAAGAAAUGAGCAUUUGACCUUAACUUGUCUAUAUCUGCAGUCAGAGUGAUUUUAAAUAAAUGUCAUCAUGCCCAGUCAAAAGGAUAGAUAGAUA